CAUUAAUCAAUAUCACAUAUAAGUAUAUCAAGUGCCACUCGAUUCAUCUUCAUUACACACUAACAAAAUAAGUAAAUAACCAAUUAAAAAAAAAAAAAAACUCAUAACUAACAUUAUGGGAUUUAGAGCAUUUGCCCUUUCUCCUUCACAACAUGUUCAUCUAGCUCAAAAGUAUUCCCUCCAUAGCAACAAUUCCCACAACAAAAGAUCGUCAAGUCUCGUGUUCGUAACUCAUGCCAAGAAACAAAAUGCCGAUGAAGAACCGAAAGAGAGAAAACAAUCGCUUUUUGGGGCCGUGACCGAAGCUUUAGAUUUCUCUCAGGUUAGAUCGGCAAAAGACGCCGAGCUUUUGGAGGAGGCUCGGGAGCAAACAAGAUCGGGAGAGAGAAUGUCGAGGGAGCAGUAUGGAGCUCUAAGGAGGAAGAUUGGGGGAACGUACAAGGAUUUCUUCAAGUCAUAUGUUGAUGUGGAUGGGAAAUAUGUGGAGGAGGGAUGGGUGGACAAAACAUGCAAAGUGUGCAACAAGGACACCAAAGGAGAGCCAAGGCAAGUCGAUAAGCUUGGCCGAUACGUUCAUCUUUCUUGCCUCCAAAAACCAUCUUCUUCGCCCAACUUCUUUACCAGACUCUUUUCUGGACAAUUAUAGUAACGAUGUACUAGCCACUCUUUUUCAAAUUUCAACAUAUAUAUACUUGUGCUAUCUUCCUACAAAUUACCCUUUGGUUGCUUAUCAAACCUACAAAUUAACUCUAGGUCUUGAUCAAUUUAUUCGGAUUGUCAUCCCAUUUUACCAGGUUAACCGCGCAAAAAGAAAUUUAACUUAGCGUAAAUGCUUUCAUAUGAUAAUUCUAAUGUACUCCAACCAAUUAAAGGCGACAAAGGGAAAAAGAAAAGGCACAAUAAUUGUUAGAGGAAUUUGCACCCUAUACUACCAAAUAUAUUUUAUAUUACAUAUUUACACUUAACUAAUAUUUAUUUGUAAAAAUACAAAAUCACCCCAAUAUAUUUACACAUAUACCAGAUUUUAUAUUAAUUAUGAUUUAAAUAUGAAAAGUGAAUCAGUUAUGAAUUAAUUAGGAUAAUUAAUCCCUAAUAUCAGAAUCACUCCCCACGGCGAUUAAAUCCCAAAAAUUCCUAAUAUACUCCGAGCAAUUACACUCUGCCUGUCGAAUCUCAUUCUUCUCCGCAAUUGCCACCUCAACACGGCCGGCGCAA